CCGCAUCACCUCGGUGGAAGAAAAAAAGAAACUGCUGCGGCUGUUGCAGGAGCCACGCAGAGCGAAACCACAGACUCCAGUUGGAGUUCAGCUACUCACUCCCGGGUUUUUUAGGGGUGUUUUUCUGCGGGGACGUCAGUUCAGUCGAGAAAAAGGCUUGUCAGGACCCGGAUUUAUUAUGACCAAGUAGUGGGAGCGGUGGCGGCGAGGAGGCGCGAGGCGAGGAAAAAAAAAAAAAACGCGUGCAGACGGAAGAUGCACUGAGGAAUUUGUCUGAAGCAGCAAGGCGCUGAUACGCUCAGCCUCAGAGGAAACGGGAAGCCGGCGCCUGGCAGGCUCCAGCUGCAAGUGCUCUCAGCUCCAUCAUCUGGGACUCCAUGGCCGCCAUGGCUGCUGCUGCUGCUGCUUGAUUCAUUGCACUGUGCAGUUUUCCUCAUUGUUGUUCUCCAGACCUUUCCUGUGUGCUGUGGCUUCAUGGAGGGAUUUCCUGUGCACUGACCUAGCAGGCUGCCCACUGGACCAGCUGCCAUGUCAGCUUGCAGCACCUUCACCGAGCAUGUGUGGAAGCCAGGCGAGUGCAAGAACUGCUUCAAACCAAAAAGUCUGCACUGCUUGACUCAGAGCAGUGGGGGGAAACCCCCCUCUGAGCAGAGACCGCCAUCAAACCAACAACAAAAUCCACUUCCUGCUGGGACCAGAGCUAACCCCAACCUUACCGCCAACUCUCAGCGGGCAGGAGGCGGACCUGCACGUUCAGGACACAUCCGCCCUCCUGUGGCCAAGAAGCCAACCAUUGCUGUGAAGCCCACUAUGAUGCUGCCCAGCUUAUCUGCAGGACUGGAUUCAGAUGGCAACUUGCCGCAGCAAACAAAUGUAAUAGAUCAAGGUAAAAUAUUGGCUUUUACUGCCUGGAACCGCAAUGGACUGAACAGUAAAAGGCCUGGUGGGCCUAACAAUAACAAUGAAGGAGAGGAUGACGGUGAGGAAAUUGAAGGUUAUGGACAACUCAGUCCAAGGACACCCAGCGGAAAUAAUAACAGCGGACUGACGGAUGUCCUUAAAGAGAUCGCUGGGUUGGGUCCAGGUUCUAGCCCCACACUCCUUUCUGGCUCCAAAGACCUAUUUUGGGGGCGAAUCAGUAGCUCAUAUCGUAGGUCCCUAGAGAGAGGCCUUCCAGCCGCCAGCUGUCUGGCUAUAGGAAGCGGCAGCAGCGAAGGUGGCGCUCAGAAGCGGGUAUCGCUUAGUGAUUGCACCAAGAUCAUAAGCUCAGAGGGUGGACGCUUCUGCUACCCAGAGUUUUCCUGUGACGAUGAAGAUGAUGAUGAGGAGGAUGAAGAGGAAGACGAGGAGGGUGAAACUGAGAAGGAUGAUGAGGAGCAUGAGAGCUGGGAUGAAAGCGACGAAGAAUUACUAGCCAUGGAAAUCCGUAUGCGAGGCCAGCCGAGAUUUGCUAAUUUUCGUGCCGCCACCUUGUCUCCAGUGCCCUUUGCAGUGGGGAAAAAAUGGAAUACGGUGCCCCUUCGAAACCGCUCAUUACAGAGGAUCUGUGCAGUGGACUAUGAUGAUAGCUACGAUGAGAUCUUGAACGGAUACCCCUCUAAUGGAAGCCUUCUUCCCUACGGACCUCGUGAGACGCAAAGCAGUGCUUUCCUCUCAAAUUCAGAGUCUACAACCUCUCCAGAAUCAUCGUCAUCACUACAAGAAGACUCUCAAACGAUUUCCAGUAGUGGAAGCAGUGUGUUUAAAAAUGGCUUGCUUUCGCCUAUAUCUUCCAAGGCACUUGCACCGUGUACAACCCCCCCAACAAAAGAGGCUCCCAAAAGGGCUCUAAGUCCACCCAAGGUGGCUGAGACCCACAAAGCAGUGCUGGCAAUUAGAUUAGAGGACCAGGAUGGCAGGGAAGGAAUGCCAAUGCCUCAAGCACUUCCUGGACAGCCAGUUACGAUAAGUUUUAGCCCUACAGAGGAGCAGGCUAAACCAUACCGUGUAGUUAAUUUAGAAAAAUCCCUCAUUUGUAAACCUUACACUGUGGUAGAUGUCUCAGCAUCGAUGACCAGUAAAGAUGAACAGAAACAGGAUUCGUCGCCACGACCCAAAAACCUGCCAAAAUCCUCUAGUCCCACAUCAUUUUGUAGCACUCCUUUAGUCCAGCCCCUCUCGCCAGUAUCUCCUCUUUCCCCAUCUUCUCCUUUGAGGUCAGUAUCACCUUCAUCCAUCGCUCUGUCACAAAAGAAAACUGGCCAAAUACGAUACCAAGAAGUAUGGACGUCAAGCACAAGUCCUCGGCAGAAGAUACCUAGAGUGGAUCCGGGGAGUAAUUCUGGCCAGUCUGUCACUCCUCAGUUUUCCAGUCACAAGUCGGCUCCCACGUCUCCCAUCGCAGGCCUGUUGUCCUCUCGAACUGUACCCGUAAAAUCUCCAAAUUUAUCAGAGAUCAAGUUUAACAGCUUCAAUAACGCUGGCAUGCCUCCUUUUCCUAUCAUCAUCCGAGAUGAGCCAGCCUAUGCCCGUAGCUCUAAGAAUGCAGUCAAGGUACCAAUCGUUAUCAACCCUAGUGCGUAUGACAAUCUUGCGGUGUACAAGAGUUUCUUGGGUCUUCAUGGGGAGCAGUCACAAACAAAAACGGGUGGUGGUAGGGUUACUAGCCAUACCUAUGAAGAGAUAGGUUCCUCCGAGAGUGUUCAGUCCUCGUCCACAGAGAAAACUCUGUCUGGGAGAGGCACAACAGAGCAGACUUCAUUUGAGGAGACAAAAUUUACACUUGAAUCAGUGCCAAGUUUGCAAGUUAGAACCACUACAGAUUCAAGCACUGUAACGAGCACUGUAAUGAGCUCCGCAUCUGGGGCCCUUUCUCCCACUACAACAAUUUCUUCUGCUAGUCUUGCCAUUACUGCAAAUCUAGUUAAAACCAGCCCUGCUGCUAACGCUGUUACACACUCUUAUAGGAUAAGUGGAGAUGAUGAUGAUAAAGGCGUAACUUCUCCUUCUGGGACAGGUGUAAGUCACAGAGAGGAGGCCAGCGCAGUUCUGUCACAGAUUGUAGCGUCUAUCCAGCCUCCUCAGUCGCCUCCAGAGUCUCCCUCGGCACAAACCAAAACCUUCAGCUCUGAGGAGUUGUACGCCCUCCCUCCUGACGCCAUGAAGGAGACCCUUUCACGACCCAAGUCUCUGUUUUCCACCACUGACGGCUGUCUUUCCAAGCCAAAAAAGGAAAACCCCUCAAAGGUUUUGUCAAAAUCCCAGAGUGCCUCUGCUGCUGUCCCACUCGCCAGUCCCCGAUCUGAGCCCAGUGCCCCCUACCCGCCCCCGAGGUCCACAUCCUCCCCUUAUCAUGCUUCUAACAUACUUCAGAGACAUUUUGGCAACUGGACAAAGAGCUCUGCCUCCAGCUCCUCAGCGCGACCCGGUGAAGGUGAAUCGAGCCCCGGCGGGGAGGGGAGGCGGGCUUCAGCCGAGAGUUCAAAACCCAAAAGGUGGAUCUCCUUCAAGAGCUUUUUCCGGCGGCGGAAAGACGAGGAUGAUCAGAGAGACAAGGCGGAGAAAGAGAAAGAGAAAGGCAAACUGGUCGGACUGGAUGGAACUGUGAUUCACGUUCUUCCACCGCCACCUGCCCAAAACCAGCACUGGUUCUCAGAGGCCAAAACGGAAGAUCCCACCCAGAAACCUACCAUCAUCUUCACAUACAAACCAGACACUGGCAGCAGCCCCGGGGAUGGAGAUGGAGAGCUGCGCAUAGAAGAGUGCAGAGAGACUGAUCUUCUGGCAGAAGAGAGCAGGGACUCUGAACCUCUGAGCCCAGGGCAAACGGCACCGUCAGAAACCGCUGGAGGAGACGCCAGCAGCAAAGACCUCAGCCAGGUGCCGGCCAGCCAUGCCAGGGAGCGGGAGCUGCCGAGGGUCAUCCCUCUGCCUGCCAGAGUGAAUCUGGGGCUGGUGUUCGGGGACGCCCACGAGGGCCACGCCAACCAGGCCGCCCCGACUGUCACCGCCAGCGAGGGCAGCGCCAGCCUCGGAGAGCCGGAGGACGAUGGGAAUCACUCUCAUCACUCCCACUCUCCUUCGCCCAGCUGGUGCAGCGCCACCUACAGCAACCUAGGUCAAUCAAGAGCCAACAUGAUCCCACUGAAACAGCCACGGAACCUCAAGGCCUCCAACGACACGUUGUCCUCCAUGGAGCUUGACGGCUCUGCGGAGCAGCCAGCAUCUAAAGCCACACCGCCGCCUCUGCCCAAGAAGGUUGUCCCUCGCUCCAGCACUGAACCCAGCCUCGGGGUCAAAGAGCCCAGCCAGGGAGCCCUCCGACCCCGGGCAGAGGCUAAACCGGGCGGCACCAACCUGAGCGUGGCCAACCCUCUGUAUGACCUGGAAUCUACCUGGGAGACGGCUAGCCAGAGCUCCUCUCUGAGCUCCGAGCCACACCGAGCUCACGACCAGGAGAGUGGUGACUCUUUGGAGAGAUCAUCCGCCUCCGCAGCCGCAAGCAAGGGUCGCCUGACUAACAGCGUGUCCGCUCUCAGCUCCCCGCCUACCGCUUCCACACCAGUCGCUACCUCUGGCAGGGACAAGAGGGUCUUCCCAAGCACAGAGUCUCUGGGCGGACGGGGUCGGACCGCAGGCCGUGGAGCCCCUGGCGGAGGGACCUCCAAACCACACAGACCCGCUCUUUACAGGGGGCUGGACAGCUGGGAUGAGGUGGUGGGCAGGAUCCGGGGACUUCACAUGGACACCCUACGGAAGUUGGCGUCGAAAUGCGAGGACCGCUUCAUGGCCGGCCAGAAGGACCACCUUCGAUUUGGCACUGACAGCUGGUCACACUUCAGGUUGACCACCGGCAAACCGUGCUGUGAGGCAGGGGACGCUGUCUACUACACCGCCUCUUACGCCAAGGACCCACUGGUCAACUACGCCAUCAAGAUCUGUCGCAGUCAUGUGAAGGAGACGCAGCAGCAGUUUUUCCACAGUCUGGCAGUGAGACAGAGCCUCCCAGUGCACUUCAACAUCCAGCAGGACUGCGGACACUUCCUGGCUGACGUCCCCGCCCGACUGCUGCCUUGGGAAGAGGAAGAGGAGAGAGAAGAUGAAGAGAAGCAGCAGGAGGAGGAGAAGCAGAGAGACAAGAAUCAUGAAGGACAGACAGAGAUGGACACAAAACCGACAGACUCUGAAGCGUCGAAAGCUAAGUUGGAUGAGGUCCCGGCGGCGGGGAACAUGAACUCAGCGGGUCAGCUGAGGAGCCGAGUGGUGGUCAUAACGCGCGAGGUGCCCUUUCAGACGGUGGCGGACUUCGUGGGGGAGGGCGCGGCCCGGCACGCUCACAACCCCGAGCUGUACGAACGUCAGGUGUGCCUCCUGCUGCUGCAGCUCUGCUGCGGCCUGGAGCACAUGAAGCCCUACCACGUCACGCACUGCGACCUGCGGCUGGAGAACCUGCUGCUGGUCCACUGCCAGCCCGGCAACCCCUGGAACCUGGACGUGCUCGAGCCCAACAACAACAGCAGCAGCAACGGCUCGGGGGCCUCGGCCGCCGCCGCCUCCACUUGCCCCGCACGCCUCAUCAUCAGCAACUUCUCCCAAGCCAAGCAGAAGAGCAGCCUCAUGGCGGCCAACCAGGAAACGCUGCGCGACCAGUCGCGGCUAGCGCCCGAGAUCAUCACGGCCACGCAGUACCGCAAGUGUGACGAGUUCCAGACUGGGAUUCUCAUCUACGAGAUGCUGCAUAGACCCAACCCGUUCGAGGAGACGCCGGACCUGAAGGAGCGAGAGUACACCUGGGCGGACCUGCCGCCGCUGCCCGUCAGGUCGCUGUACUCCCAGGGGCUGCAGCAGCUGGCCAGGCUGCUGCUGACGGUCAACCCGUCGGAGCGGAUCCAGAUGUCCGAGGCGCGCGCCUGCCUGCAGUGCCUGCUCUGGGGGCCGCGGGAGGACCUGUUCCAGGCCCUGGGCUGCGGCAGCGGUGCCGGCCCCGUGUCGGGGGCCACCGCCAGCCAACGGGAAGCAACGCUGCAGAACUGGUUGGACCUUAAGCGGACGCUGAUGAUGAUAAAGUUCGCGGAGCGUUCACUGGACAUGGCCUGCAGCGUGAGCCUGGAGGACUGGCUGUGCUGCCAGUACCUGGCCUUCGCCACCACGGACAGCCUGGGCCGUGUGGUCCACAUCCUGCAGCAGCCGCAGCAGCAGCCCCACAACCAGAACCAAACCCAAACACAUCUGGCGCACGCCCACCGCCUGGCUCAGCCACAGCAACUCUAAACUGUUACUAUGGCAACACCUCCAACUUCUACCCCUCUAUCUCUGCUCCCUUCAGCUGAUGAAGUGUGAUGUAAGCUAACGGUGAGCGCCAGCCGAACGCGGAGCGGUUUGUUUUCCCCGUCGGACCACACGGCGAGAGAGACGGCAUCUCAUCAAGCAAACAGCACGACCUCAUGAUCAGAUCCCAUUACUGCAAUGUUCUUAAAUCAAGUUCAGUGACGAGCCGAAGCACAGGAAGUCUGCAGGAGUCAAUCUGAUCAGAAGCAGCAACAAGUUACCAAACAUGCAAGGAGAUUUUAUCCAUCAGGUUCUUUAAUGUUCUGCAAAGACGAAGUUCUUUAGAACGCUCUUAGCGCCGAGAUCAUCACGGAUUAGAUUAAUUUUAGGGUUGAAUUUAAAAAAAAAAAACAUAGAUGAUUUGAUAUGGAAAAAAUAAGAAACCAAUAUUUUUUUAAAGGAAUUUGAUCAAAAUUUUAACCCCUUAACACUUCAGGCAGGUCAAUGGGUCUAUGAGGACACUGGCGUCGUCAUGACAGUUUAGUGGUUUGAAACUCAAAACUGAUGCAGAGUAGACGAUGACUCACUGAAACCAAAGAUCAGCCACAAGCUGCUCACUACAGCAUGAAAUGACAGGGUUUAAUGGCUACAUCAGAGACAUGUGGGUUUCAGAUCUGGUUUUGGUGAAGCUUUCGAUUUUGAUUUUAGUUGAAUAUUAGAAGACAUAAAAAUAUCAUUGAAUUGUGUCUUUUAACACUCUGUGAUUAAUUAUAUUAGGAGAAUCGGCAAUGGCACACUGUGUGUGUCAGCAAUUGCUGUAAAAAAGAAUUUUAUUAAUUAAAAUGAAAACAUUUAUUACAGAGUUGACAUUAAACUAGCUUCGUCAACUUGUAUUGGUGUUUAGCAGCAUUAGUGCAGUUUGCAUUAGAAAAACAGGUAAUUCCCAGAUUUCUAAAAGGCUGUCAGCAUUUCAGAAAGGAUGAAACUGAGCAAUUCUCCUCUCAAAUGUUUAGCCUUCCUGUUAUGUGCUUGAAGUCUUGCUUUCUCUCACUCACUCGCAGCCUGAAAGAACCGUAGUCGUCUUACCACAUAACAUACGUAGCUUACUUCUCUGUUCUUCCUCCGAAUUCAGCUGUGACCAACUCAGAUUCAGUCUUUCAUUCAGUAACUUAGCUCUGUUAACAAUCUGGUUGCUCUUGGCAUGGUUUGGUCACUAAU